GUUGCCAAGUGCUUUUCUUCUCCCGUUUAAGAGGCAAACUUGUAUUUUCAUUGGUAGUAAGCGCUGCCAAUGUGGAACAGUCUUCCAAUAAGAAAAGGUGGAAGUUACCCGUUCCAUUUUCUGUUUGGUCAGGGCAGCCGUCGACCGGAUUUUUGGAGUUUGGCAGUUAGCGGCAGUUGUGCGUUCAGAGAGAACGGCGGUCUGUGUCGUAGAGGUGAGAGGUCUUAGGGGCAAGAUGACUGGGAGAAAGCAGGUUAAGUCCGCUGUAUUUGUCUGAGAACGAAGCAACGAGCGCCCCCCCCCCCCACCCCGCCUCAAGAGGCUCUGGAAUUUCUGCCGCUGACUACUUUGGGAGGCCUCUCAGUGGACGCAUGCGCAAAUGGAGGCGACCCUGACCUGCGCCGUCUGCCUGUCGCUCUUCGAGGAGCCUGUCACACUGCCGGUGUGCUCGCACAACUUUUGCCGGACCUGCGUGGCCGCGUGUCUGAGCCAAGCCCGGAGGCCCGUCGAGCAGUCCCUGCCGAGCCAUGAACAGCGCCGUUCUCUGGAAGCCGAGCAGGGCUCUGCCCCCGAUUCCGACAGUAGCAGCAGCAUCUCCGUGGCGUGCCCGCUCUGUCGGAAGGUCUGCGCGCUACCCGGGGAACACAGCUUCGCCGCCCUGCCGGUCAACACCACUCUGGCCGAGGUGGUGAAGCUGUUCAAGGCCAGCCGCGGCGCGAAGCCGAGUGGAGAGACGAAGGAGCAAGCGUCGGCCCCAGCCUUUGAGGUGUUGGACGUCCCUUGCGAGAAGCACCCGGGCAAGCCCUUACAGCUCUUCUGCCGGAUCUGUUGCCGCCCGGCGUGCGGACAGUGCGUCUCCGAGGAGCACCAGGGGGUCUUCCAUUCGGUCAAUCUCAUAGGCGCCGCUUACCAGGAGCAGAAACUGAACUUCUUUAGCUAUCUGAAGGAAAUAAGAAAAAUACAUGAACAGCUGGUAAAAGAAGUAGCAGCAUUCCAAAAUGACAUGGAGACACAAAAGCAGAAAGAAGAGGACAUGAUUAAAAAACAAUUUGAAUAUAUCUAUAAGACCUUGGAAAUGAAGAAACAACAGUUGCUUGAUAGUCUUGAAAAUCAAAAAGAAAAAAGAGAGAAGGAAUAUGAAAUAUGGAAGAAAAUGAAGGAUGCUUACAAGAAAACAAUUGAGAAGUGUCUGAAUGAAUGUGAAAAAAUUGUAAAUGAAUGUGAUCCCCAGCGUUUCCUAGAGGUUGCAUGCAACUUGAAUAAUAGAAUGAAGAACCAGAUUGACAUGAUACAAAUCUCAUCUCAGUAUGAAAAUUUACCAGGAUACAAAGAAAUCCAUAUGGAUACCACCUCUGUUGUUCAUAGCAUCUUUGCUUUGCACCUCACUCCUGUUAAUUUGGGUGCUUUUAAAGCAGAUAUUCCUUCUAGAGACAGAGAAUGUGUUGUGUUUGGAAAAACUGAAAAGAAACCAGACUUACAGAAGAAAAUACAGACUGUUUUCAAGCCCAUGGCAGGAGUUGAUGUACUGCCUGAUGGAAGGAUGAUCCAUACUCAAAUUAUGUCUAUAUCAGGAGCGCCUGAAUUUGGAGAAAUGAGCCAUGAGGAAGUGCGCUAUAAUUAUUACAUGGCACAUCAAGUGGAUUCAGAUGACUUGGAGAAACAAACAUAUACCUCACCUAGAAGGCACAUGUUUCCAGAAUCUCCCUGUUCAAGUAAACAACCUCCAGCAGCUCCUCUUUUUUCUUUUAGCGCUAAAGCAAGUGAUCUUAAAUUAAAUCCCCAAGUGCUGCAAAGACACAGUGUCAAUGAAACUAGUUUUUCAAAGUCGCUUGGUUAUUUAUUUAGUACUCCAGCUGUGAACUUGAAUUUCUCUGGCUCAAAUAAUAGUUUCAAUUUGUGUAAUGUGAAAAGAUCUCAGGAAGAUGGCCCCCAAAUGUCUCUGUCAGAAAAUACUGAUUCCUUGCUUACAACAGCAGAGACUUCUGAGGCUAAGGCAGCAGCGCUUUCCCUUGGAGUGCAAACCUCACUGACUGUAUCACCAGAUGUUCUUCAGGUGGCAGGGCCGUCUGUAGCUGUUUUGAAUCAGCACUCAUCUGGUGCUGUUACCGAGCAUACAGCUCCAGAUGGUUUUUCUAGUUCAAGUGGUAAGUUAUCAGCCCUCUCCAUCAAAACCAGGAAUUCAAUAUUUUCUAUUGGUUUGCUGGAAAAACCUGAAAGCCAAAAUAUCAACAUAAACAAUCUAAAUGGAUAUAACUGUCCAACUUCAACUGUAGUUUCCUUUAGUGCCACCACCAGUCCUAAGUCUGACUCAACAGAAAGUGGAAAACCUUUUUUCUCAGCUUUUCCUACCACUUCUGAAAGUGGGCUCAGUCAGCCUAACAAACAGCAGAGCUCAUUUUCAUUUUCUCCCCCCGUUCAGAACAAAAACGAGAAUUGGAUUUGCUGUCAGCGCAAGGAAAAUAACCUUGGGAAUUUCUCUGGUAGGAAGUUAACAGGUAACUGCAAUUUAACUGAUAGCUUGCUUGACAAAAGUUCUUCCUGUGUCCCUCUAGAAGCUGGUGCUUCUGUACCUGGUAAGGUCUCUGCAAAUUACUUUUGGGAAACCAACACUACACCUGUGUUUUCUUUCCCAGGUGGUGUCAAAAAUAAUCGGGCAGCUAAGACCACUUCUGUGAUAUCUGCUGAUAAAACUAAAAAUAUAAGUGAAAAAUCAAAAAUAGAAUCAAAUUACUCUAAACUUGCAACUGUAAAAAAUGCUUCACCCUCCAGCAGUUCUAAAGGUCUUAGAAAUCUAAUGAACAACCCUUCCUUUUUCUGCAUGAAAAAGCUGAAGUCUGAAACUGAAAAUAUUGUUGUUCCUCAGGAAAAUGUGGGCCAUGAUAGUGCUGCAAACAAAACUCCUAUUUCAGGUAGCCUCACUGAACUGAACAAUCAGUCAGAAAACCCUCCAAGGAAUGAAGAGACUAAGGAAGACCAUGUAAGGUCUCAUUCAUUAAGGAACGAGGCAAGCGUGAUAAAUGCAGAGUCUGAUAGAGAACAUCGAAGUCAAGCACCGAACUCAAAUGACUCUUGCACUCCAUCAGAAUUUUUUUCAGUUGCAGAAAAAUUGGGCUUAUAGCAACAGAAUAACUCGAAACUGAGUUUUGUAAAUGUUGAAGUUAUUAGUUUAUCUGGAAAGGAAUAUCAAAUUUUCCUUCUCCCCCCAAAUAUUUUGGUAGUAUCUGAUAAAGUGACAGAUACCAGUUCAAGUUGUUCCUUUUGUUUACUUCUCAAAUAGUUAAUGAUUUUUCUUUGUUAAAAAGUUAAGAAUGCUUGUAUACUGCCAAAUUGUGAUGUACCCACCUCUUGAAAUGUAGGACUCAUUUGUGCAUGAUCAUAAUAAUGCUUCUGGUUUGCAUAGUACCAACAAUUGUUUUAUAUCUAGAAUUUUCUUAGCAGAUACUAGCCAGCUCAAUUCUCACUGGGGUUGAAUAAGUAUUAAGGACUGUUUCUCAGAGCUUCUGACAGCCCUAACUAUCAGAGGAACAGUGCACCCUAUACACCAAAAACAGGAGCUCAGUGAACCUAGAUGUAGUGGGAAAACAAACAGCUUUUGAAUUAAAACUGGAAUGCCUUAUACCAUUGUAUUUUGUAAAUUUGAACAGCCUGUGGCAACACUAGUCUUUAUUUCCCUUAAUAAAUUUUAAAAUGUUAGUGUGAA